CCACUAUAUAAAAUUUAUUUGCACCAACAACAAAAAAAGGUACCAAAUGAAAUACUCUGCCAAAUUCAUCUUCUGUUAAAAAUGGCGUGUUUCGCAUGGUCAUAAUUGGAGUGAGGAAAAAAAAAAAAAAAAACAGAAUGUCACAAAAAAAAAUCAUCUCUUUUCCAGUUUUCCUUUGUUAUUCCUAACUUGUCUGUAAUAACUACCGAAUCUUCUUCUUCUUCUUAUUAAUGUUCAACAAAAUUCGACAUUUUUGGGUCUAAUCCAGCUCAAAAGUUUACGUUUUUAUUUGUGUGUGUCGGUCUGUAAGAGUUAGUUCGAUUUCUUAUCCAAGUAAAGGGGUUUCAUUGGCUAAAAUUGACAAUCGGGGCGGGCCCUAGAAGAAAAUAUGAACUGUCAAUUGUAGCAGACGGUUCGUGAUUCAUCGUUUUCAUGGCCGAUUCGAUUUCCGAUUUCCCCAUGAGGGUUUGUCGUUGAUAUUAACGCCUCCCCUGGAUUUCCAUAAUUUGCCUUGUUUAGUUCGUGUUAUGAUGGAUCUUUGAAAGCUAUUCCCUUUUUUUUGGGUGUCGAAAUCGAGAAUCUGAGAGUUGUUGUCACUUGAAGAAUCUGGAUUCUGGAAGGCUGUUGUUGGUGUGUUAAAUGUUGGAUUGGAAGAUGAAUCCAGGGCCGUAGCUAGGAGACGAAGGGUUUGUUGUAUAUUUGCGUUUGAAAAAUCUCGGUUUUUGUUGCUUUAGAGAUUGUUGGAGAAAAUAUGGAUCUUGUGAUUGGUGGAAAAUUUAAGCUUGGGAGGAAAAUUGGUAGUGGUUCCUUUGGAGAGCUUUAUCUAGGUAUAAAUGUUCAAACCGGAGAAGAAGUUGCUGUCAAGCUGGAAUCUGUGAAAACUAAGCAUCCCCAACUCCACUAUGAGUCGAAGUUGUAUAUGCUGCUUCAAGGAGGAACUGGUGUUCCUAACCUCAAGUGGUAUGGAGUUGAAGGGGAUUACAAUGUAAUGGUUAUUGACCUUCUAGGUCCUAGUCUUGAAGACUUGUUUAACUACUGUAAUAGAAAACUCUCUUUAAAAACCGUUCUCAUGCUUGCGGACCAGCUGAUUAACAGAGUCGAGUUUAUGCAUACUAGAGGUUUUCUUCACCGUGAUAUUAAACCUGACAACUUCUUAAUGGGCCUUGGUCGCAAAGCAAAUCAGGUUUAUAUCAUUGAUUUUGGAUUGGGGAAGAAAUACAGAGACCUUCAGACUCACAGGCACAUACCGUACAGAGAAAACAAAAACCUCACUGGAACAGCUCGGUAUGCAAGUGUGAACACUCACCUUGGAGUCGAACAAAGUCGAAGAGAUGAUUUGGAAGCACUUGGUUAUGUGCUGAUGUAUUUCCUCAAAGGGAGCUUACCCUGGCAGGGAUUAAAAGCUGGGACAAAGAAGCAGAAGUAUGACAGAAUUAGUGAGAAAAAAGUAGCAACUCCUAUAGAGGUCUUGUGUAAAAAUCAACCGUCUGAGUUUGUUUCGUACUUUCGUUACUGCCGGUCUCUACGGUUUGAUGACAAACCUGAUUACUCUUACCUUAAGAGGCUAUUCCGCGACUUGUUUAUUCGAGAAGGUUAUCAGUUUGAUUAUGUAUUUGACUGGACAGUUCUGAAGUAUCCUCAGAUUGGUUCCAGCUCUGGUUCUAGUUCACGGACACGGAAUCAUACAACUGCAAACCCGGGCUUAACUGCAGGAGCUUCUCUCGAAAAACAGGAGAGGAUUGCUGGAAAGGAGACUCGCGAGAACCGGUUCUCGGGUGCAGUAGAGGCUUUCUCAAGAAGGCAUCCGGCAACUUCUACUACUCGUGAUCGCUCGGCAUCAAGAAACUCCGUUGAUGGGCCUUUGUCUAAGCAUCCGCCUGGUGACUCAGAAAGACCACGCAGUUCCUCAAGAUAUGGAAGCUCUUCGAGGAGAGCAAUUCCGUCAAGCUCUCGACCAAGUUCCGCAGGUGGACCAAGCGAUAGUCGAUCCUCUAGCCGUCUGGUGACAUCAACUGGAGGAGUCGGAACAGUAAGUAACCGCGCAUCAACAAGCCAGAGAAUCCAAGCAGGAAACGAAUCCAGGACGUCGUCUUUUUCGCGUGCUGCUAGAAACACUCGAGAAGAUCCAUUAAGGAGGAGCUUAGAGCUUCUCACUCUCAGAAAAUGAAACCUGACAAACAAGAAAGUCAUUAUUAUACGUACAAUCCAAAAGAACAAACAGACAGAUAAUCGUAAGAGAAUCUGCGUAAAGAUACAUUACAAUGUUCCAUAUAUACUUUAUAUAGUUUAUUUUGUAUAUGUAAAACAGUUAUAGAAGCCGAAAUUUCUUCAUCAUUGGCAGAUGACGCAGACUCAAAGUACACUUUUGUUGGUAAACAAAUUACUACUUCGAUCUAUCUGUAAUGAAAAAAAAUAUAAC